AUGCUCGCUUCUACUUCCUCCCCAACCGAUACGGCCGAAACCAACAAGAAGAUGGAGUUUAAAGAAGACCCUGACUCUCGCUCCCACAAAGGUUCAAACACCGAAGGUUCUGGCACUGGAGAGCAGAUUGUCCUUGCCAACUUGGAUCUGGAGGCUGCCCCCAAACCUCCUCCUCCCAGCGACUUUCCUGAAGGCGGAUUAGAGGCUUGGCUGGUCGUCCUUGGUGGAUGGUGCGCUCUCUUUUGCACUUUUGGGCUGAUUAAUUGCGUGGGAGUAUUCGAAGAGUAUUACGUCUCCGACCCAUUGAAGGAAUACUCUUCUUCUGUUGUGAGCUGGAUUCUUUCAGUGCUGAUAUUCUUGAUGAUCUUUUGCGGGGCGAUAUUUGGCCUUAUUUUCGACAACUAUGGACCACGAUGGCUCCUCUGGGGAGGCUCCGUUACUUACAUCUUCGGCCUUAUGAUGACCUCACUCUCCAAAGAGUACUACCAAUUCUUCCUCGCCCAGGCGAUUGUCUCUGCCAUUGGAUCUAGCGCCGUCUUCAAUGCCUGCAUGUCCUCCAUCGUCAGUUGGUUUCUUAGAAGACGCGCUGCCGCUUACGGUGUCAUGGUUUCGGGCUCAUCUGUUGGCGGCGUCGUCUUGCCAAUCAUGAUGAAUAAACUGAUUAUAAAGAUCGGAUUUCCGUGGAUGAUGCGUACACUUGGCUUCAUGUUUAUGUUGCUGCUGGGUAUUGCGUGUUUGACAGUCAAGUCGAGAUUGCCACCGCGCCCACGCCGAUUCGUCCUCAGAGAGUACGCGAAGCACCUCAAGGAUAUCCGAUUGGUAACCACCACUGCCGCAUCAUUCUUCUUCUAUAUGGGAAUGUUUUUGCCCUUCAACUAUGUUAUUCUUCAAGCUCAAAAUGCCGGCUUCUCUCCGAAGUUGGUCCCAUAUCUGAUACCAAUCCUCAAUGCCAUGAGUAUCUUUGGGCGAAUUCUCCCAGGCGUUGUAGCCGACAAGAUGGGCAGGUUCAAUGUGAUGAUCAUCAUCACCUUCAUCUCUGCUAUUUCCUGUCUCGCUAUCUGGAUUCCUGUCAAGAGUGUUGCUGGCAUCAUCGUUUUCGUCAUCAUAUUCGGCUUCUCCUCUGGAGGUGUCAUCUCUCUUGGGCCAACGCUUGUAGCUCAAAUUUCCGACAUUAGGCACAUUGGCACUCGAGUCGGCGUAGCGUUUUCGAUUCAAGCCAUCGGGGCACUGAUUGGAAGUCCCAUUGGAGGCGCGAUUGUGUCAUCGCAACAUGGCGACUAUCUCGGCCUGCAGUUGUUUUGUGGCUUGUCUAUGAUGAUGGGAUGCUUUAUUUUCAUUUGGGCGCGAUUUACACUUGUUGGCUUCAAAUGGACCAAGGCAUUCAUGAACGCGUACUUGUAUAGCCUUUCGAUGAAUCCUCUCCUGCUUGGUUCUGAUAUUGCGGCCUUGAAUAGCGCCGUUGCAGCCGCUAUAUCAACCACUUUCAAGUAUGCAUCCAGCGUUACCCACGCCAAAAAGGAGCAGAAAGAAUUCUUGGACGAGCUCUGUGCUCUAAAAAUACCGCUGGAUAAACUCCUAAGCGCCAUAUCCAACACCAAUGGCUCAUCACCAGAUUGCUCCGAUGUAGCCAAGGCGCUCGGCCCCCAGUUGAGCCGCUGUAAAAUGGAUGCAGAAAAAUGGCAGCGCAUGAUUGAAAGGAACAUUGAUUCAAAAAAGGGAAAAAUUAUCUGGCCUUUUCGGAAACCAGAACUGGAGAAAAUGAUUCAGAAAUUAAAGGAGUAUCAAGUAGUGUUUAACAAUGCGCUUGCAAUCGAUAUGUGGAAUUCAAUGGCUCUCAUUUACUCUAAAGUCAGCACUUUAUCAGAGAUUCAAGAAAAACACCAUCGAGAUGAGAAAAGCAACAAGGUUAUUGACUGGCUAGCAAAGUGUAGUGGCGACUAUCAAGCAAAAAAUGACCAAAUAAAGGAGACCAUGGUGCCAGAUACCGGUUUUUGGUUCUUGCGGUUGCCAGAAUUACAAGGAUUUAUGCAGCACGGAAACGAUGAGUAUCGCUUGCUCUGGUGUCAUGGACUUCCUGGAGCGGGCAAAAGUCAUCUUGCGUGCCGUAUGAUUGAAACCCUUGAGGAAACAUUUAAGAAUGACCCAAGUAGCGCUGUCCUCUAUUGGUAUUUCGACUACCGCUAUCCCCAAGAGCGUACUUUGAUCCUUUCAAGUUUUCUGAUGCAGCUCAUUGGUCAAAUUCAAACACUCCCUACUACCAUUGUGGAGUUAUAUGAAAACAAAGGCAAGGGCAGAGGCAACGACACCGGCCCCGACACAUCUGUUCUUAUGCGCGAGAUUGACGCCCUUCUAAGGAAGUUUAAGCAAUCGUUUGUUGUACUUGAUGCGAUGGAUGAAUGCAUUGAAAGCUUCCAAAAUGAAGCUUUGGAGAUAGUCAACCAUCUCCAAAACAUCGGAGCUCGGAUAUUGAUCACCAGCCGGCAAACCGAUCCCGAAAAAACAUUCUCUGGAUGGAUACCUGUCGAGAUAAAGGCCCAUACCGAAGACAUAAGGCUCCUCAUUGACGACAAUUUAGCGAGGGGUCGCUAUAAAGUUAUGCAAAAUAAUGAACUUAAAGAAGAGGUGAUUGAAACUAUCGUCUCCAAAGCUGAUGGCAUGUUCCUAUGGGCAUCGUUUCAGCUAAAAGAAGUAUUGAAACGUCUGACGCCGACCAGAAUUCGCGCAGUGUUACAAAACUUGCCAGAAACUAUUUCCGAAUACUUUGGUGGCAUCAUGUCCCGUAUUGCUGAUAACGAUUUUGCAUUGCGCACACUGUUGUGGCUUGUGUAUACGAAAGAACAACUAAACUUUGACGCUUUAUCCCAUGGACUGUCUGUCGAGCUUGGAGAGGGAAUGUUGAAUGACAUUGACAGAGACAACAUACCAGAUAUUGAAGACUUGGUCGAUGUGUGCUGUGGUUUAAUCGUGAGCGAUGGUGAAAACAAUCUUCAACUAGCUCAUUUUUCGAUUCAAGAGUAUCUGAAGAGCAACCCUCAAGUAUUCGGGUCUGCUAUAGACCCGGACCUGUACAUUGCAAGAGUUUGUCUGAGGUACCUAUCAAUGGACGUUUUCGAAACGAAAUGUGCAUAUGGAGACAAAACAUUCGGAGAUCGAAUACGAAAUUAUCCGUUGCUUCAGUAUGCUGCAAAAAGAUGGCGUUGGCACGUUCCUUAUGAAAUUAAAUCUGCUGAGGCCGAGAUGGAGAUUCUCGAGAGCGAAAUUCUAUUCCUAUAUUCCGAUGAAGGGUUAUUUCAGAAUUACAUCAACGCCUAUGACCCUUGGAUCACGAGACAAACACUUCUGCCUGGGAUGGUGGAACCGUAUUUUUAUGAGGUUCGUGGAUCUCGACUUUACAAUGCUGUCGAAUUACAACUUCGUGGAGUUCUUUGCCACCUGCUCAAAGAGAACGAAUUUCGAUCUCUGGGGGGAAAUGAAAGAGCCACGCUGCUUAUGCGAGCGGUAAGAGACAAUAAGAAAGACCUCGUUGAUAUUCUGCUAAAAGCCGGAAUCGUCCCCUCCAUUAAAGGCUACGACCCUGAAGCUUCCGAAUGGAACAUCUUCAGACAUGCUACUAAUGGUCCCUCAAGGCGGCAAGAUUCAACAGACUCACUUCGAAAGGACAAAGUAUUCUACAAGGAGCUAUAUCCAUCUACAUUGACCAUUAUUAUGGGCUAUCGAGAUAUUUUUGAGAUGCUAAUAGACAAGGAUAAUCUCGAUGUUAUUGGCGAUAUUCUUACAAGGGCAGUUGAAGAUGAGGAUAAUGGUCACAGGAUAGUGGCGAAUAUGCUACGAGAAUAUCCCGUAAUUGAUCACAAGCAUCCUAUCUAUGUUGGAAUAAUGAAAAAGAAAGGUUGGGAGCUAUAUUUCCCCAAAAGGGAAAUGCAUCUGGAACAGGAGAGGGAAAUACUUCUGGCCAAGAAAAGGAGAAUGCUUCAAGUCCUUCUCGACGCUCGACCACAACUUGACAAUACAGAUGGCCUUCUCGAUAAGCUAUUACCCUAUGUCAUUUCUUACCUUCCAGAAAACUACGUAACGACGUUUUUGAACAAAGGAGCAGGUCGAGACGCAGGCGAGGAUUCGUCUAUGGCUUUAUUGGAAGCAAUCAAUCAGAAGGAUGAGCAACUUGUCAUCUCACUCGUGGAUAGAGGUGCCAAAGUGUGCGCCAGGGUGUUUCAAAAAGCUGUUUGGAAUCGAAUGAACCAUUUGGUUACAUACAUGCUGGACAAGGGAUACGACGCCAGUGCGAAAAACAAGGAUGUUUCGGUUACCACAGCCAUUUGUAAGCGGCACAUCGACACACUGCAGCUGCUGUUGAGUCGCGGCGCCAACGUCGAGAGUAUUGGCGAAUAUGAGGAUAGGACCGCCCUUCAUAUUGCUGUUAGGGAAGAUGCUACUGUCACAAGGAUAUUACUAGAGAAUGGAGCAAACCCGAAUGCUCACAGCGUGAGAUCUGGCACGCCGCUUGCUAUUGCCUCUUUUUACGACAAUGAACCCGUCAUCGAGCUGCUGAUCAAAUACAAAGCUGAUAUAAACUGUGUCGGGGUUCCAAAAUAUGGAAGCGCUCUCUCGGCUAUUGGGCCCAGAGACAAUAUUUCGGUAAUCAAGAUGCUUUUAGAUAGAGGGGCAGAUCCGAUGAGGAAAAACUACAAGCAAGAGUAUCCUUUGGAAGAGGCUGUUUAUCACGGGCGUGAUGACAUUGUGCAAUUAUUCUUAGAGUACGGGGCUACUCUUGAUGCACGUGGGAGGAGAGGAAGCAUUCUACAUGCAGCCGCUGCCAGCAAGAAGGAGGGCAUGGUCCAGAUCAUGCUUGAUUUAGGAGCCAAAGUGAAAGAAUACCCCGAUAAAUUUGGCAGUAUCUUACAAUGGGCUCGCCCAGAGGACUAUCGGCUGCUCAUUGAGAAUGGCGUCAAAACGAAUCCUCCUAUAUCUGGGCAUAGGUAUGGGACCACUAUACAAGCAGCAAUUUCUAGGAUUACCGAUUCCUCGGCCGAUCAAAUGAAAAUACAGGAGAAAAUCGCCGAAGCCAUCGGUUUCUUAGUGGAAGAAACUGGAGACGAUAUCAAUACAACAGGCGGCUUUUAUGGCAGUGCCUUACAGGCAGCAUCAUCCAAGGGAUAUGUACAUCUCGUCGAAAUGCUUCUUAGAAAUGGCGCAUUGAUAAAUGCGAAAGGCGGUCGCUGUGGGACUGCCCUCCAAGCAGCUUCGUAUCAUGGUCACGUCUCUGUGGUGUACUGGCUGCUCGAAAAUGGCGCCGAUGUAAACCAGAUGGGCGGUUUAUACGGCACUGCAUUGCAAGCAGCUGCUUUUAAUGGCCAUGAGGACGUGGCUGAGCUUCUGCUCGAACGUGGAGCAGACAUAAACUUAGAAGGGGGAAAAGUGAGAAAGCUUCUCUUGAGCCGUGGAGCUGUGGAUCACGGCCUGGAGUAUACAUAUAACUCGGCCGAUGAUAGCGACAAUUACGACAGAAGUAGCGAUAGAUUUAACUCCGACGAAGACGAGGAAGAGUCAGUAUAA